UUCCACGAAGAAGAUGAAGCGCCCAUCUCAGCUGGCCCUCUGCUAGUUUCUGACAACAACGCGUCUUGUCUGCCGACAAUGUUCACACGUUCGUUCCAUAGUGACAAAACGGCAAUCUUUUUUAAAAGCGCUCCUUAAAUUUACGUUUUCGAGUUGAUUCAUGAUGGAGCCAACCGCGCCUAAAAGCAAGCUGAAAAAGCUGAGCGAGGACAGCUUGACAAAACAGCCAGAGGAAGUGUUUGAUGUAUUAGAAAAACUUGGUGAAGGUUCCUAUGGCAGUGUCUUUAAAGCCAUUCAUAAAGAGUCAGGACAGGUUGUGGCCAUCAAGCAGGUUCCAGUGGAGUCAGAUCUACAGGAAAUCAUCAAAGAGAUCUCCAUCAUGCAGCAGUGUGACAGCCCUUAUGUAGUGAAAUACUAUGGCAGCUACUUCAAAAACACAGACCUUUGGAUUGUCAUGGAGUACUGCGGAGCUGGAUCCGUUUCUGACAUAAUCAGACUCCGCAACAAGACGCUGACAGAAGAUGAGAUUGCCACCAUCCUUAAAUCAACCCUGAAGGGUCUUGAAUACCUUCACUUCAUGAGGAAGAUUCAUCGUGACAUCAAGGCUGGAAACAUCCUUCUCAACACUGAGGGUCACGCGAAACUGGCAGAUUUUGGAGUAGCAGGACAGUUGACGGAUACCAUGGCAAAGAGAAACACAGUGAUUGGUACCCCGUUUUGGAUGGCACCAGAGGUGAUCCAAGAGAUCGGCUACAACUGUGUUGCAGACAUCUGGUCUCUGGGCAUCACAUCCAUCGAGAUGGCAGAAGGCAAACCUCCAUAUGCCGACAUCCAUCCUAUGAGAGCCAUUUUCAUGAUCCCCACCAACCCUCCUCCUACGUUCAGGAAGCCGGAGCUUUGGUCGGAUGACUUCACAGACUUUGUCAAGAAGUGUUUGGUGAAGAAUCCUGAGCAGAGAGCCACAGCCACUCAGCUGCUUCAGCAUCCAUUUAUCAGCCAAGCCAAGCCUGUCACAAUCCUGAGAGAUCUCAUUACAGAAGCUAUGGAGAUGAAAGCUAAAAGACAGCAAGAGCAGCAGAGAGAGCUGGAGGAGGAAGAGGACAACUCUGAAGAAGAGACAGAGGUGGACUCGCACACUAUGGUUAAAUCGGGCUCAGAGGGUGCAGGGACCAUGCGAGCCACUGGCACGAUGAGUGAUGGUGCUCAGACCAUGAUCGAGCAUGGCACCACCAUCCUGGACGACCUGGGCACCAUGGUCAUCAACACGGAUGAUAAAGAGGAGCACGAGGACCACGGAUCCAUGAGAAGGAAUCCAACCGCCCAACAGCCCAUCCGUCCAGCCUUCAUGGACUACUUUGACAAGCAGGACUCCAACAAGGCAACCCAACAGCAAGAGAACUACAACCACAACCAGCUGCAGGAGCCGUCCGGCUACCACAUCCAAUCCAAAAACGUCUUUCCAGACAACUGGAAAGUUCCUCAGGAUGGAGACUUUGACUUUUUGAAGAACCUGGACUUUGAAGAGCUGCAGCUGCGCCUGAGUGCCUUAGAUCCCAUGAUGGAGCGAGAGAUUGAGGAGCUGAGACAGCGCUACACUGCCAAACGCCAGCCUAUCUUGGAUGCAAUGGAUGCUAAAAAGAGAAGACAGCAGAACUUCUGAGGGUUUCUGGCCGUCGUGUGUUCCAAACCAGCAUGAAACUUUAGAUCCAGCGACAGUGGAGUCGAACUCCCUCUGCUGUCCAGACUAAAUGCUAACUUGUCUUUGAAUGAAGUUGGGAUUCUUUCUGUCCAUUUAGUUAACGAAUUUCCCUUUCAGCAGGCGGAUGUAGUUUGGAAAAAAGACAAUUGUGUUCUGUGGAGCUGAUUCUGGCUGAAAAGAGAAGUAACUCUAGGCCUCUUGACACCCGAGAGUCUUGAACAGAACUUCCUGUUUUCAGUUGCAUGCCUAGUACAAAAUGAAGUGAUCCACUUAUAUGUCUAUUUGAUUUGUCAAAUGUAAAUAUAGAGCCUUGCUUAAACGAACCUGCAUUUAAAGCUGUGGAGCUUCGUCCAUGACCAAAGAUGAAACAAAAUGAGGAAGCUGAUAAAGCCUUAACAUUUUUAAAUUGAAUCUGUCUUUAGUUUCACCAAUUUGCUCUCUUGUAGAUAAGUGGGAAGAAAACUGCUGAAGCAGCAAAUCUUUAUUAGGAUGAACACAAAUAUAGAAGAAUCAUAAAAGUUUUUUUUGUUUUUGUUUUUUUUAGGUCUGAAAAAGACACCAAGUAUGUCAGUGCCUCUUGAACCACUUUUCCCAGGUUACUAUCAAUCUUUAAAGUGACAACUUUAAAGACAUGAAAAUGAGAAGCAAUGGUAUGUACUAUAGUUUCUAGGUAAUCACAUGAUGGGAUGAUUUCAGUGUCAUGUUUGAGCUUUUUCCUGUUGUGGGACUGGAUCCUUCACAUCAGGGCUGCUCAGCUGUGUUUCUAGACAUCUACCACGAAUUCUUCUCUAUUCACUGCUGACUACCUGCGUUGAGGAUUUGCAGGUUCUGAUUGGCUGGAUUCACCUGAUCCAGAUAAUUGACAGUGGACACGAGCAGAGCCGUGGAUCUCAAAGACCUGGAUUGUUCAACCCUCCUUUACUUCAAUAAUGGGUUCAAUGACCUAAACAGAGCUGUAGCAACGGUUCUAUUACUGUGGUCGUAAACAAACAGGAUACGAAAAAAAACAUUGCUUUUGUUUUUAUUUCUUUUUUUUUUUUUUCAGGAUAACUUUAGAUUUCAACAAUAAUACACAAGUGUGUUCUCGACUUGAUGUGUUAUCCAUUGACUGAAUUCCUGCUAUGUAUGUCUUGUGUGCUUUUAAAUACAUCUCUUAUAACCUGAAAACUAUAUAGCUUUUUAUUUGCUUCCUAGGAAUUGUCAGGUAAGUUUAUUUGAAGAUUACAUUUCUAAUGACCAAGUAGACAUUGGAAAGGCUUCAUACAGACAACCUGGCGUGUGACUAUUUUCAUAUCACGGAGCCAUUGACCCAUUCAUUUUCACAGAAAAUGCUUUCUAGUGUCUAAUAUUAAGGAAUUAUUUAAUCUAAUUUAUGCUUUUUUUUAUUCAAAUCAUAACUCGAUUGAAUGCACAGCAUAUCUGUCGUUUGUUGUUCCACAUGAAUGUGAUGUGACUGUUUUUGAACUGUUACACGUCUCUCUGGCUUUCUGAAGCGGCUGUUUAUGUACACAACCAAUGCUGUAAAAUAACCCCGUGUUCUUCGUUUUCAUGACAUAGAAUACGACUACAUUGGAUUUGAAGUCUACUCACUAUGUUUAGAGUGAAAGCAUGUUGUACAGAAAGCAUAGUAAGAAGUACUGCAAUUACAUUUUGUUUUUCUAAUUAAAGGUUUGCUCCAAAAUAUUAAAAAAAGAAAAUGAUGUCCUAAAGUUUUGGCUGGGACGUACUGUUUAAAAUUACUUUUUUUUUAUUACCAAGCUUUAUUAACGUUGUCAUUUUCCUUUUGUGCUGAUAUAGGGGUGUAGAGCCUAUGAAGAAUUUACAUUUCAACUGCUUAUUUAUUAUAUUUUGUUUGCAAUAGCUUUAUGAUGUAAUAAAAGUUAAAAAAAAA